AUGUCCACGAGGCCAGCUUCUGCGGUUGAAGAACUAGAUGAUCUCAACAAGUCGCUCGUUGCUCAAUCUGGUACAAUCGUCAAAACCAAAAGUAGAAGUGUCUUAAUUAAGAUCGGAGUGGAAGUUUGGCUCGUGGCUUACCGGCUCCAUGGGUAUCGGAUGAAGAGCUGCUAUCUACGGAAGAUAGCCCGCAAAGUUACGGUCCAGAAACGAGUACAAUCAAACAUCGUCCACACAAAUCGGGCCAGAACUAUCGCCAGCAACGUCGCCGUGCUUCAGAGAGAAUCCGAUCUUGGGGAAGACCAGUUCAACAUUGCUAUCCCCGGUGGCGGCGAAGGUGCUAUCCGGGGAUGCACAAAGCAGUAUGGUGGGCAAGACGUCUGGGGCGAAGACUUUGGUGGCGUAGCGCACAGAGACGAUUGCGAAGCUCUUCCCACUGCUCUACAUGCCGGCUGUUAUUGGCGCUUCGACUGGUUUGGAGCAGCCGACAAUCCAACCAUCAAUUGGGAGAAGGUGACUUGUCCUGAGGCUCUGGUACUCACAAUGCCAAACCUCGGUUUCAUCACAGAAAUUGUCAAACUCGCGGCCUCAGACUACGGUUAG